AUGACGUCCCGCGACGGCUACCUUUGGACUGAACAGGCUGGCCUUCGUCCCGGCAUUCCAUCCAUUGGGGUCAUUGCGCCUGCGACAAACGUUACAUCCCCAAAUGCCUUCUACGAUGUGGUCGUCAUCGGCGCAGGCUACUGCGGUCUUACUGCAGCCAGAGAUGCCAGUCUCUCUGGCCUGAACGUUCUACUUCUGGAGGCUCGCGACCGCAUUGGCGGUCGUUCAUGGUCCUCCAACAUCGACGGCUAUCCUUUUGAGAUGGGAGGUACCUGGGUGCACUGGGGUCAGCCUCAUGUAUGGCGUGAGAUUUCCCGGUACCAGAUGCAAAACGAGCUUAAGACCUCGUUUGACUUUUCUCACGGCGUCAAUCACUUCCAGCUGAAUACCGCCGGUGGAUCUGCGACCAUGAGCCAUGAAGAAGAGGAUUCUCUUUUUGCGUCGGCUUUGGGGAAGUUCGUCAACGUCGACGGCGCCUUUGGCAGAAACAUCAUGCCGCAACCAGCCAACAUGUUCCACGUUCCUAAGGCCAGAGAGUUGGACAAUCUAUCCGCACAAGACCGCAUCGACGCAAUCGCGCCUUUGCUCUCCCCAAACGAGCGUGCGGUGCUGGAGGGUUUCGUCCUGCUCUGCAGCGGCGGCACCCUGAAGGGAAUGAGCUUCCUGGAGUUCCUCCAUUGGUGGGCCAUCUGCGGUUACACCUACCAGGGCUGCCUCGACUACCUGAUCACCUACAAGUUCAGCGGUGGCCAAUCAAGCUUCGCCAUCAACUUCUUCAAAGAAGCUCUCUCCACCAAGAGGCUCUCGUACGCCUUCAGUACGCCCAUCAAGUCGGUCAACGACAAGGGUAGCAAGGUCGAGGUGACGGCCCGGAACGGUCACACAUACCAGGCAGCCCGCAUCAUCUGCACCGUCCCGCUGAACGUGCUCAGCACUGUAUCCUUCGACCCCCCUCUGCCAGCAGGCAAGUGCGCAGCCAUCGGCGUCGGCCACGUCAACCAAUGCGUCAAAGUCCACGCCGAAGUCGGGGACAAGGCCAUGCGCUCGUGGACGGGCGUCACGUACCCGUCGAACCCGCUUAUCUAUGCCAUUGGCGACGGCACAACGCCCGCGGGCAACACGCACGUCGUCGCCUUUGGCGCGGACCAGCACCAUAUCCAGCCUGAGGAGAAGCUGGCCGAGACGUUCGCGGCGGUGCAGAACCUGGCACCGGGCAAGAUGGACGCUGUGCGGCGGCUGGUGUUCCACAACUGGUCGAAGGACGAGUUUGCCAAGGGGGCGUGGUUCUUCUCGCCGCCGAAGCUGUUGGCCGACCACUUGGAGGAUAUGCGGGCUCGUCAUGGUAAUGUAUACUUUGCCAGCUCCGAUUGGGCUCUUCUGUGGCGAAGCUUCAUCGACGGCGCUAUCGAGGAGGGUGCAAGAGCUGCGAUGGCGGUCAAGACGGAGCUGGCGGAAGCAGACAAGGUGAAUCUGCGUUUGUGA